AUGCUCAUCGAACGUCGCAAGCGGUGGUUGACCUUCGAUUGGCGCGAGAAGCUUACUAUCAGGUCCUGUUCAGAAUCGCCGAAGCCCAUUGCUUACAUGGGAGCUACUUGGAGGCUACCUAAUCGAAUUCCAGGAGAGGACAACGAUGAUACGGACGCUCCUGCCGCCAGAUUUCGAUCCCUUGCAGGAUCUGAUUAUGAUCUUGGAUACAAGUGGACAAAUCGCUCAUUGCUGGGUAACAGAAUGCAUCCUCGUUCUAUUUCGACGAAUCAACAUCAUCCAUUGGCUCACUUGGAGACGCUACCUCACCAAGUGAAGGGUUACAUGGACGUUACGACCGUUCUGGUCGCCGAUGACCUCGCCUGCCUGAGUGUAUGCGGUGAUGAGUCUAGUGUCCUGGUAUGGAACUGGAAGUUGGGAUUGCUGAUAUUGCAUGAAAACAUAUCCAGACUCUACAUGCCCUAUUUCACGUUCCUCUCAAGCCGCGCCUUUGUAAUGAUGGAAUAUCGAGGUUUCGGUGCCAUCAAAAUCUAUACAUUGACCAAUGACCAAUGUUCCGGUGCCCAACAAAUGGCGAUACGUGACCUCAUCCCUGUAGCGUCUCUACAAUUGCCGCCUAUCACACCUCGAUGGUCGGUGUUGGACUUCCACGCAGAUAUUGGGCCUUUACUUGUUCACGUGAUGCCUGGACAACCCUUCGCGUCGGAGCCCGACGAACGCAUUCUGCAGUUCAAGAUCCAAUAUGAGACGAGAGAUAUGAGAACUCUGACGGACUUCUUCUACCUGUUCGUCCACAGCAGGCACCUCCUCUCCUACAGGAAAAACGGUCCUGUUGACCAGACUGUAGUCGUCCCAUGGGCCGAAUGGGGUCCUAUUCAUACGAGGUUAUUGCAGAUGCCUGUGAGUAAGCUACAAUGGUCCCGGUUUUUGAAUGGCCAGAAGGCGUUAUAUGGUUCCCACAUAUCAGAUACGACAACUCGCGACUUGUACAUCUUGGAUUUCAAUGUCCACCCACGUCGUCUGCGCGAUCUGGAGAAUACGCCGGAUACUCUUUCCUCAGGAUCAAUUGAUGAUGCUCUGAUUCUAAACGAAGGCAGACGUGGCGAAGGCAGACGUGCCAAGGGCAGAUUCAAGGUCAUUCGCACGCCUUCAAUCAUCGAGGGGAAGACGCUAUUUCAAGAGGACGUUGUCACUUCCUUACCGUAUAUCAAGUCCAUUCGCGCAGUUCAGAAGGGAUCGAUAAAUGGCUACAUGCUUGACGAAGACAGAAUUGUGGAGCUUUGCACGACGAACAGCCUGCCUUCGCUGAUGCAUGCCAUCAAUGCCUACAUCUUUUGA